AUGCUGGGUCACACCUCGAUGCUAGUACCCGUCCUUGUAACGCUGGCUUUAAGCCUCUCUCUUCUCUUACUUCGGAGAUUCACAUAUAAGGACACGGCCCUCAAUCCAAAGAGACCCUUCGAGCUUACGUCUACCAGAGUGAAGCAGGAUUUUUUCUUCAAUGCUCAGAGGCUAUUACUGGAUUGGUUUACAACCCAUCCCAACACCCCCGUACCUUUGCAUACCGAUGUUGGGAAAAUGACAAUGCUCCCCCCGAGUAUGGCGAACGAGAUUCGGAAUAACGAACAUCUGAGCUUCUGCCGAUGGGCGAUGAAGGCAUUCCAUGGAAAUCUCCCCGGAUUUGACGGUUUCCGUGAAAGUGGUCAAGAUUCGGGGAUUGUCCAGGCCGUUAUUGCAAAUGACCUGACGAGAUACUUGAGUGAGUUCCUGAAUCUCAUCAAUAGUGAUAUUGCCGAGCCCCUUGCCGAGGAAACUUCCGUGGCCGUCCGUGAGCUGUUAACCGAUAACCAAGAAUGGCAUACAAUGCACUUGAGUGGUGUAAUAGUGGCUCUCAUUUCCCGCAUCUCCUCUCGUGUUUUACUUGGGGAAAAGAUGUGCCGGAAUGAAGAAUGGCUGCGAACCACUCAAAGCUAUACUAUAGAUGGGUUCCUAGCGAUGACAGAGCUCCGCAUGUGGCCUGCAGCUUUUCACCCCAUCUUACACUGUAAAGCUCGGAAAGUCAUGCGGCCAAUACUGGAGGAGAGGCGUCAGUUAAUGGAAGGCCUUCAUGCAGAGGGUAAACAACCACCAAUCUUUGACGAUGCCAUCGAAUGGUUCGAAAAGGCCGCGAAGGGUCGGCCUUAUGAUCCUGUCGGCGCGCAGCUGAUCCUUUCUACAAUGACCCAUCUUGCACAAAACCCAGAGAUUAUGAAACCUUUACGCAAGGAAAUCGCCGAUACUCUCCAACAACAUGGCUGGAAAAAGGCCGCUCUGUACAACAUGAAAUUACUGGAUAGCGUUAUCCGGGAGAGCCAAAGACUGAAACCAGUCACCAAUGUCUCAAUGCGCCGGAUGGCGCUUGAGGAAGUGAAACUCUCCGAUGGGACUGUCAUCCCGAAGAAUGGCAUGCUUGCGGUAUCGGCACACAAGUUGUGGGAUGAUGACACCUACGAAAAUGCGGCCUCGUGGGACGGAUACCGGUUCUAUAGGAUGCGCGAUGAUCCUGAGCGACAGACCCAGGCACAACUUGUUAUAACCGCCCCGGAGAACUUGGCUUUUGGACAUGGUAAACAUGCAUGUCCUGGACGCUUCUUUGCUGCCAAUGAAGUGAAGAUUGUAUUAAUUUAUCUCCUCCUGCGGUAUGAUUGGAGGCUGUUGGAAGGGACGGUACCAAGAAUUUUCUCUGGUGGGUUUGGCAUGGCACUUGACCCGACUCUGAAAAUGUAGGUUAGAAGGCGCCGCGAGGAGAUGGAAAUAUGAAAGACGCAGCCGGUAUCAAUGGCACAGGGGCCAACUAUUUCUACCCGAUGUACAGUCAUG